AUUAAAAUGAUCAAUUAUAAUAAUAUUAUUGUAUUGUUGUUGUUGGUGUUUGUCUCAUCAAUGACAGUGAUGUCAGCUGGAGUACCCGAUGACUCCUCCUUUUACUUGUUCAGACGAUCACCAGAGAAGUGCUACAACGCCAACACUUGUAUCAAGUAUCUGCUCUGGGAGAUCAACUCUUCAAAGAACGACUCAGAGGUCGUCGACUUUGUAUUUGACAAGACCUUUGGCAAUAGAUCAUUGGUGGAGCAUGCCCAGGAGAACACUGUCGUGGUCCAGGGCUACUACAUGACCGUCGUGGAGAGUGGCCAUGCCAUCAGUCGCUUCAAGGUGAUGCAUGCAUUCGCGUUGAUGCCUCUGCCUCCAUCCAUUCGUCCAAGAGGAAUGUUCUACACCAUUUCCAAACAGCUGACCUGUGCCAAGCCGCCAUGCAAGGGAUACACGGGCGCGAUUCUCAACAACAAACGUGCCAUCUCAAUCCAGGGAUUGAACAUGUCGAGCUACUCCUCAUUAUUGCUUGACAACGCAUGGUUGAAUGCCCGUAUACUCAGUGGCAAUGCUCUGGUGCGCGCAGAUGUCAAUAGCAAAGGUCAAUCAUUCGUCAAGGGUAUCUACAUGAAGUUGGAAGACACCGUGGCGUCAUCAUGCAAGUCUGUUGAGAAGAUAGCAUGUGCUGCAUCACAUGUACAAGUAUACAAACGUGAUGUAAAUCGAUGUCUUGUGUCAGAUGGCUGUGCCAAACAGUUACUCAAUGCAGUCAAGUCUCCAAAAUGUAGUUCAGGCUAUCGUCUUGUAUCAUUCGCCACUCAACCAGGUGGUGCAAUCAAGUAUUACUGCGAUCCAUCAUUCAUACAC